AUGGCAUCCAAUGUUGGGAAGCACGUGCUGUAUUGUAUCUUGAGGGUAGCGAGAUUAUCUCUGAUUGACGCCUUUACUUUCUUGAGGCUUCAUCAUGUUAAUACUGUCAACGCGACAAAGAGUAUACGCUUAAAAGCGUGGAUCAAGUACGCGGCAAAGGUAAUCAAAAACAACCCUGGCGCAAUGAAGGCUGUUGCUGAGAAAUACGGUGACAAUGACCUUGUGAAGUUUGCUCUACAUGUUCUAAAAUCUCAACGCACAGAAAAUGCCGCGACCGAGUUGGAGACUCCGCUAGUAGGUGUUUCAAAUGGCCAUAAAAUGUCUGCAGAUGCCGCCGCGACCGAGUUGGAGACUCCGCUAGUAGGUGUUUCAAAUGGCCAUAAAAUGUCUGCAGAUGCCGCCGCGACCGAGUUGGAAACUCCACCGAUCGGUGUUUCAAAUGGCCAUAAAAUGUCUGCAGAUGCCGCCGCGACCGAGUUGGAGACUCCGCCAGUAGGUGUUUCAAAUGGCCAUAAAAUGUCUGCAGAUGCCGCCGCGACCGAGUUGGAGACUUCGCCGAUAGGUGUUUCAAAUGGCCAUAAAAUGUCUGCAGAUGCCGCCGCGACCGAGUUGGAGACUCCGCUAGUAGGUGUUUCAAAUGGCCAUAAAACGUCUGCAGAUGCCGCCGCGACCGAGUCGGAGACUUCGCUAGUAGGUGUUUCAAAUGGCCAUAAAACGUCUGCAGAUGCCGCCGCGACCGAGUCGGAGACUUCGCUAGUGGGUGUUUCAAAUGGCCAUAAAAUGUCUCCAGAGGCCGCUUUCACUUUUAUUCAACCUCUCAAUGAAGUUAUCCCCCUGAUGCGCGUAAGUGCCAUGAAAGCAUGGGUCGAGUAUGUGAGAGACACAGACACCACUGGCUUUUCGGAUGUAAUAAUCAUGAAGGCGCUUAAUAGUGUCGAUGCCAAAGACCGUCUGAAAAUUCUUGAAAUCAUGAGAGAGGUUCCAAAAACGGAACAAAUUGUGAGCAUGUUGGAGUUUUUGUUGUUGACUGAUUGGAAGAAUCAAAGAAUUAAGACCACACAUUUGUUCGCGGACUUGAAGCUUAACACUAAUGUGAAUGACCUUCUCUACAACCCGAAUCUGGAUCUUUACAGUAAAUAUGCGAUCAUGGUCAUACCCAAUACUACAAUAGAACUCGCUCUGGUCAUAGCGGCCAAUAAAGCUUAUGGGCCCGGACCACUGGCCAAGAUGCUCAUGAUGGAGGUGAGGUUAAAAAGGAAGAAGCAUAAAUUGGCCACGACCUUGCUGCAGGUUUUGUAUCAACAAUGGCAAAUGAUGGCAAACACGCAAAAUGAUGUAGCAGCUAUGUGUUGGUCAAAAGGGAUAAUGGACUUGAUCGAUGAUGAAAUAGCGGAAGUUGUGACCGGGUAUGUGGCGUUUCUCAAUAAGCAAACGCAAUCCUAA